CCUUUCGCAGCCAAGUCUCCUCAUGAAGCCAGGCACCUCGACUCUGCCAGGUUUGUGGGCCAGAUGCGAACGCAACCGGUUGCUGAGCGUAGCAGCGAUCCCCUGAGCUCCAAAGGCAUCUGCCAAGCUGUAGCGAGGAAGUUCCGGCACUUCCACGUGUCGGCCUCAGAGCCUUGCAGACAGGCCUGGAGACCGGAGGAAGACAGCCCAAGCUUGCUGCGGCGGCUGCUUCUGCUGGAGGCAGCCUGUGCAGCGUUCUGCAGUCCCCAACGCCCACGCAAGGAAGUGGUUACAUUUCUCAGAGAGGAAAAGGGAAGUCAGGCUGCUUCAGAGCGAAAACUCCACUUCUGCCUUUCACUCCGGGCUGGUUCGGCUGCCGUUCGUGUUGACUGCCCAGAGUCCAUGAACUAGCAGACCCGCCUCGGAGGGAGGGAUUUUUCACCUUGCUUUCCUCCUUUUCUCGCUGAGCUGAAAAGCCAUGGCCUAUCACAGCUUCCUGCUUGAACCAAUCAGCUGCCAUGCCUGGAACAAGGACCGAACCCAGUUUGCCAUCUGCCCAAACAACCACGAGGUGCAUAUCUACAAUAAAGCGGGGGGAAAGUGGAACAAGGCCCAUGAGCUGAAGGAGCACAACGGACAGGUGACAGGCAUCGACUGGGCCCCCGAGAGCAACCGUAUCGUGACCUGUGGGACGGACCGCAACGCCUACGUGUGGACCCUGAAGGGCAACGUCUGGAAACCCACCCUGGUUAUCCUGAGGAUCAACCGCGCCGCCCGCUGCGUGAAAUGGUCCCCCAAGGAGAACAAGUUUGCCGUGGGCAGCGGCUCCAGGGUCAUCUCCAUCUGCUAUUUCGAGCAGGAGAACGACUGGUGGGUGUGCAAGCACAUCAAGAAGCCCAUUCGCUCGACGGUCCUCAGCCUGGACUGGCACCCCAACAACGUCCUGCUGGCCGCCGGCGCCUGCGACUUCAAAUGCAGGUGAAUGAGGAGUCCUGGAGAAAACACUGAGCCCUGGGGGUGGCGAGGUUCUGGGGGGCUCUGGGAAGAGCAGCAGGGCUGCCCUCUUGCCUGGUCCCACGGCAUCUGCUUCUGGGAGAGUGGCACCCGCGUGGCCUGGGUCGGCCACGACAGCACCGUCUGCCUCUCGGAUGCCAACAAGAAAAUGGCGGUGGCCUCGCUGUCUGUGGAGACUCUGCCGCUCCUCGCGGUCACCUUCAUUACAGAGAACAGCCUGGUGGCAGCGGGCCAUGACUGCUACCCGAUGCUCUUCACCUACGACGAGAGCCAGGGCUCGCUGACCUUCGGCGGGAAGCUCGAUGUCCCCAAGCAGAGCUCCCAGCGGGGCCUGACUGCUCGCGAGCGCUUCCAGAACCUGGAUAAGAAGGCCAGCUCCGAGACCAACAACUUCACCCUGGAAACGCUGCACAAGAACAGCAUCAGCCAGAUUUCCGUGAUCGCCGGUGGCAAAGCCAAGUGCUCCCAGUUCUGCACCACAGGAAUGGACGGGGGGAUGAGCAUCUGGGAUAUCAAGAGCCUGGAGUCCGCGCUGAAGGAUCUCAAGAUCAAGUGAGGGAGCCUGCGGGGAAAAGGCCCCGUGCAGCACCGUCAGCCUCUUGCUCUCGUUCCAAUUCUGCUUGCUGCUUUCUCUGUAUGGCGUUGAGUUUAGACCAAAGACGACUUUGAUAUUUGCAGAUCCUCAUCUCCCCUGGCAGCGGUGCAACCGCCUGGGCUCAGGGAGCGCGUGUCAGCGGAGGUAAAUUAAGUACGAAACAAUUAAGUAGUUUUUUUAAAAAAACUUUUUUAAAUUUUAAAACAGUGCACCUAUGCUGGUCAUAAAUUGCUGAAAGAAACAAAAAAUAAAAGUCUUUUUCAUGUAAAU